AUGUCUUCUGGAGACCCCAAGCCGCAGUCUGCGGCAGUGACAGAUACAAAGGACACGGCUGAAGCAGAUCAAGCAUCUUUGUCUGUUGGCAGGGGAACAAGCCUCGGUGUUAGACGGAUAGAGGCCGUUGCUCAACAUAUCAGUCUUGUCAGCCGCGUACUUCUCUUCGUUGGGAUUUUCAUAGUCGCCUAUGUAUACUCCCUCGACAUCAGCCUGCGAUAUGCCUACCAGCCCACGGCAACUGACAGUUUCAGCUCGCAUUCACUGCUCGCAACGAUUUCUGUCCUACGAAGCGUUGUUGCCUCCGCCGCGCAACCGACCGCUGCUAAGAUUGCCGAUGUCUUUGGCCGGAUAGAACUCCUGCUCCUGUCGAUUGUUUUUUAUGUAGUCGGCACGAUCGUUGAUGCGACUUCAGACGGCAUUAAAUCUUUCUCAGCCGGUGCAGUUCUGUAUCAGGUUGGGUUCACCUGCGUCUCGUUUCUUGUCGAGGUACUUCUGUCCGACAUUACAUCCCUCCGGUCAAGGCUUUUCUUCUCUUAUAUCCCCGUCAGUCCGUUCCUGAUAAAUGCCUGGGCAAGCGGCGACGUGGCAGAAGCGGCACUUGCCAACAUCGGAUGGCGCGUUGGAAUAGGGAUGUGGGCAAUUAUAUACCCUGUUUCAACAAUCCCACUUAUACUUGUUCUGUACUGGGCUCAUCGCAAGGCCAAAAAGGGAGGCAACAUGAACAGUUAUAAGACCGAUUUCCAGAUCGACGGCGGUAUUAAAGACCUCUUUUGGAAGCUGGAUGUACCUGGCAUGAUUCUGAUGAUUGCUGUUCUUGCCUUGAUUCUGGUUCCCCUGACUCUUGCUGGGGGUUCGUCCGCAACAUGGCACAAGGCUCAUAUCCUGGCGCCCUUGCUUAUUGGUGUGGCCUGCAUUCCGGCUUUUAUUCUUUGGGAAACAUCCAAAGCACAGCAUCCCAUGGUUCCGUUCUAUCUGCUUAAAGACCGUACAGUAUGGGGCGGACUCGGCGUUGUAACAGCCAUGAACUGCGCCGCUUCAGUCCAGGGCGACUAUCUAUACACAGUUCUGAUCGUCUCCUUCAACCAAUCCGUCCUAAGCGCAACCCGGAUUACCAAUUUAUACUCGUUCGUAUCCUGUCUAACAGGCCUCGCUAUCGGGCUAGUCGUCUACAAGCUCCGACGCCUCAAAUGGGUCAUAGUCUGCGGCUCUGCGCUCCAUCUCGUCGCAUUUGGUCUCCUCAUCCACUUCCGAGGUGGCGGUGACGCGCCAACAGUCUCAGGUAUGGUGGGUGCCCAAGUACUACUAGGAAUAUCCUGUGGCAUGUUUACAUAUGCCACCCUGGCCAGCAUCCAAGCCACGGCACGGCACGAGCAUUUAGCCGUAAUAACAGGUGUUUAUUUUGCGUGCUUUAAUAUAGGCGGUGCAACCGGCAAUGCCAUCUCCGGAGCUAUCUGGACCCAGAUCCUACCAGGAAGGCUCCAACAGGACCUGGGCGAUGGUAACCUCUCUACGUUAGUCUAUGACUCCCCGUUCACGGCGAUUGAGGAUUACGCGUGGGCAUCACCUGAGAGAGACGCUAUUGUUGUUUCAUACCGCUAUACGCAGCGGAUUCUGUGUAUUACGGGGAUUUGUGUUGCAUCUUUGGUGUGCAUCUUUGCGCUGUGUCUUCGUGAUGUGUAUUUGACGAAGGACCAGUCUUUGCCGGAUGCUGAGGAAAAGGGUAAGAAGAAUGGUACUGCGCGAUUUACAUGUACUGAUACGUGA